CAUGAGAAACCCCCAUCUGAAGAAACGCCACUGGGAUCUCAUCCAGGACGCCCUCAACUUCAAGUUCAACAAGGAGGAGCCGCUGACUCUCGGCAUCCUGGUCGACAUCAACGCCUUCGAGAAGGCCGACGACAUGAUGGAGAUCGCUGGGAUGGCCUCGUCACAGGCCGCACUGGAGGCCAUCCUUAAAAAGGUCGUUGACUCCUGGAAAAGUGUGGAGUUUACCGUCGUGCCGUACAAAGACCAGAAAGAUGUGUACAUCCUUGGUUCGACGGACGACAUCCAACAACUGCUGGACGACAGCAACAUCAACAUCCAGACCAUCCAGUCAUCCAGGCAUGUCGGCCCUAUCAAGGCCAAGGUCGACGAAUGGGCAGCAAGUCUCGCGCUCUUCAACAAGACGCUGGAGUCUUGGAUCACGUGUCAGAGAACAUGGCUGUACCUGGAAUCUAUUUUUAGCGCUCCCGACAUCCAGCGCCAGCUGCCGGUAGAGGCCAAGCUGUUCGUGGAAGUGGACCGGUCGUACAAGGAGAUCAUGAGGCGGGUCAAGAAGUCGCCACUGGCCAUCAGGAAUGGGGCUCAGCCAGGCCUGUUUGAAACGUUUGAAUACAACAACGAGCUUCUGGACAAGAUUCUCAAAUGUCUGGAGGCUUAUCUGGAGACCAAGCGAGUCGCCUUUCCCAGGUUCUACUUCCUGUCUAACGACGAGCUACUGGAGAUACUGGCACAGACCAGGAACCCCCUGGCCGUCCAGCCCCAUCUCAGGAAAUGUUUUGAUGCCAUCCACAAGCUGGAGUUUGGUCUUGUCGAGGGUCUGCUACCAGGGGAGGAAAUUCAGUACACAAACGACAUUUUGUCCAUGAUUUCACCGGAAGGAGAGAAAAUCUUACUAGCCAAGGGUCUGAAGGCCCGAGGUAACGUGGAGGACUGGCUGGCUAAAGUAGAAGAGGCCAUGUUCGCCAGUCUACGGCGGCUCUGUAAGAAAUCGAUCAAAGAGUACGAGACGACCAGCUUCAUCAACUGGAUCAUGAGCAACGCUUCACAGGUUGUGCUGACCAUCUGCCAGAUGAUGUGGACGCGAGAUGUGACAGCUAUACUGCGAGAUACCAGGACAGUGAUCCGUAGCAUGAGAGAGUUUGAAGUUCGGAGUUUUAAUGAGUUGAACCUUCUGGCCGCCACUGUGAGGGGUGAGCUGCCUAAACUGGCGCGAGCCACCCUGUGUGCGCUCAUCACCAUCAACGUGCACGCGAGGGACAUGAUCACAGACAUGGUCAAGAAGCAGGUGUCAGAGCUGAUCAGCUUUGAGUGGCAGAAACAGCUCCGCUACUACUGGAACGUGGAGCUAGACAACUGUGUCGUCUGCAUGUCCAACUCCGUCUAUGGAUACGGAUACGAAUAUUUAGGAGCCUGCCCCCGCCUUGUGAUAACGCCCCUGACGGAUCGGUGUUACCUGUGUCUGAUGGGGGCCCUACAGCUGGACCUAGGCGGGGCCCCGGCAGGACCUGCGGGCACGGGGAAGACAGAAACAACGAAAGAUUUGGCCAAGGCCUUGGCUAUACAGUGUGUGGUCUUUAACUGUUCGGACAGUCUGGACUACAGGAUGAUGGGAGGAUUUUUCUCCGGUCUGGCCCAGUCCGGCGCCUGGUGUUGUUUUGAUGAGUUCAACAGGAUCAACAUCGAGGUCCUGUCGGUCAUCGCCCAGCAACUCAUCACCAUCCGGAACGCCAAGUUAGCCAAGUCGAACAGGUUCAUGUUCGAGGGCCGAGAGAUCAAACUGGUCCACACCUGUGCUGCUUUCAUCACCAUGAACCCCGGCUACGCUGGACGCACGGAGCUGCCGGACAAUCUAUCGGCUCUCUUCAGGCCCAUCUCUAUGAUGGUCCCCGACUACGGGCUAAUCGCUGAAGUUAUUCUGUACUCCGAGGGUUUUGAAUCUUCGAAAAUUCUGGCCAAGAAAAUGGUGCAGAUGUACAAAUUGUGCAGUGAACAGCUGUCUCAACAAGACCACUACGACUUCGGUAUGCGAGCCGUCAAGUCUGUCCUCGUGAUGGCGGGCUCCCUGAAGCGUCAGAACCCGGACAAGUCGGAGGACGUCGUGCUCAUUCGGGCUCUGAGAGACAGCAACCUGCCCAAAUUCUUGACCAACGACGCCAAACUUUUCCAGGCUAUCCUGUCCGAUUUAUUCCCUGGAGUGACCAUCCCCGAGCAUGACUACGGUCAGCUGAAGGAGGAGAUCAUCAACGUGCAGGAGGAGAAGAAGCUCCAGGUCGUGGAGACGCAGAUUGUCAAGGUCAUCCAGCUCUUCGAGACGAUGAUCGUCCGUCAUGGCGUCAUGCUGGUGGGGCCAACAGGAGGCGGGAAGACGGUUAUAUACAGGAUACUCGAGAACACGCUGACCAACCUGUUCAAUAAAAACAUCGACAACGAGUUUUACCAGCCGGUCCACGUGUACAUCAUGAACCCCAAGUCUAUCACCAUGGAUGAGCUUUACGGCGGUGUGGAUAAGUUAUCCAUGGAGUGGAAGGAUGGAUUAAUGGGGAUCACAGUUCGUUUCUGUGUGCAGGACACGACCAAAGACCACCAGUGGAUUGUGUGUGACGGGCCUGUAGACGCCCUGUGGAUAGAGAACAUGAACACCGUGCUGGACGACAACAAGAUGCUGUGUCUGGCCAACAGCGAGAGGAUCAAGUUCACCCCCUACAUCCACAUGGUCUUUGAGGUCCAGGAUCUGGCAGUGGCGUCUCCAGCCACGGUCAGCAGGUGCGGCAUGGUGUACGUUGACCCAGACGAGCUGAAGUGGAUGCCGUACGUCAAGACCUGGAUGGACGCCUGGGCCCCCUCCAUGUCAGCCGACGCCCCCCAGUUCAUCCUCAGGCUCUUUGAGACCUAUGUGGAGGACGGACUACAGUUUGUACACAAAAAAUGUACGCAGACAAUCAAACAGGUUGAGAUCAGUAAAAUUGUGACCUUGUGUAAGCUCCUUGAGGCCAUCCUGUUUGCCAAGUCUGGAUCUUUCGACUGGAACCUCGAGCCCAACAAACUCAAUCGUCUGCUGUGUCAGAUCUUUGUCUUCUGCUAUCUGUGGGCCAUUGGCGGGAACAUCAACGACGACAAUUGGGAGGCGCUCGAUGUUUUCAUCAGGCAGCAGUUUGAUGAGAACGCUGACGCAAAGCUCCCAGGAUCGAAUCCACUCUGGGGCUAUUUCAUCGAUGUGGACAGUAAAAAAAUGGACACGUGGGACAAACUGGUUGGCACCUUCCGUUACGACAAGAGCAUCUCGUUCUUCAAGAUGUUGGUGCCCACAGUCGACACGGCCAGGUUCGGAUACCUGCUGGAGAGUCUGCUCUCUGUCAACAGAUCGGUGCUCUACACAGGUGGCACAGGUGUGGGCAAGUCCGUGAUUGCCCGAGACCUGCUGGACCGAAUCUCUGAGAGAACGUCGUACGUGCCCAUCUUCAUCAACUUCUCGGCCCAGACCAGCAGCAACAGGACCCAGGAGAUGAUCGAGGGCAAACUGGAGAAGCGGAGAAAAAACGUUAUCGGUGCUCCCAAAGGCAAGCGGGUGAUUAUAUUCAUCGACGACCUGAACAUGCCCAAGCUGGACACAUACGGGUCACAACCUCCCAUAGAGCUGCUGCGGCAGUUCCUGGACUUUGGGGGGCUCUACGACAGGGACACCAUGACAUGGAAGGAGAUCCAGGAUGUGACGUUGUCGGCUGCCUGCUCGCCGCCAGGGGGCGGGAGAAACCCGGUGUCUGCCCGACUUUUCCGCCAUUUUACCAUGCUGAGCAUCCCGUCCCCCACGGAAACAAGCCUAAAACAACUUUUCUCGGCAAUUAUCGUCGGAUUUUUCACGGACUUUUCUCGAAAUAUCCGUGGUCUGGCUGACGCCAUCGUGAACUCUGCUGUAGAGAUCUACUUCCGGUUGAGUACAGACCUGCUGCCCACCCCAGCCAAGUCGCACUAUGUCUUCAAUCUCAGGGACCUGUCUAAGGUCGUUCAAGGAAUCCUGCAGGCUGACAUCGGCAUCUUCCGUGAGAAGCUCCAGAUGUUCCGUCUCUUCAUCCACGAGACCCAGCGCGUCUUCCACGACCGGCUCAUCAACCACGAGGACAAGUUCUUCUUCCACAAGCUCAUGGCGGACAUCGCGGCCAAACACUUCAACGAGACGGUGGAGCCCCAGAGUUUCGUCACUGACCCCAUUUUGUUCGGGAACUUUAUGAAGAUGGGCGCGCCCCCUGAGGAGAGGUUUUACGAGGAGCUGACGGACAUCAACAAAGUGAAAAACAUCCUGGGCGAUUACCUAGAUGAACUGAACAUGGCGUCCCCCAAAGAGAUGCGCCUGGUGUUUUUCUUGGACGCUGUGGAGCACAUCACCCGCCUGGUCAGGAUGGUGCAACAGGAGAGGGGGAACGCCCUGCUGGUGGGGGUCGGGGGCACGGGCAAACAGUCACUCACACGCCUGUCAGCACACAUCUGCGGGUACCAGUGCUUCCAGAUCCAGCUGUGUCGAGGUUACGACUACACGUCCUUCCAUGACGACCUGAAGAAACUCUACGACUCUGCUGGGAUACAGAACAAACCCACCAUAUUCCUCUUCACUGACACACAGAUUGUGGUGGAAGAGUUCCUGGAAGACAUCAACAACAUGCUCAACUCUGGCGAGGUGCCCAACCUGUUCGAGCCUGAAGAGUACGAGAAGCUCAUCAUCGGCUGCAGACCCGGCGCUAAGGAGGCUGGGAUUCCAGAGGGGAACCGUGACGCCAUCUACGACUUCUGUAUCCACAGGGUCAGAAACAACCUCCACAUCGUACUGUGCAUGUCGCCCGUGGGUUCGACCUUCAGGGCCAGGUGUCGCAUGUUCCCGUCCCUGGUCAACUGCUGCACCAUUGAUUGGUUCAUUGAGUGGCCACGUGAGGCCCUGCUGGGCGUGGCCAAUUCCUUCUUUAAAACCGUCAAUCUGGGCUGUUCCGAUGAGAUCAAGGCCAAUGUGUGCAAGAUGUGUGUGGAGAUCCACGUCAGCGUGACCGACAUGGCUGAACGAUUCUUCAAGGAACUCAAGCGGCGCUACUACACGACGCCAACCUCGUACCUCGAGCUCAUCAACCUCUACAUCGGCAUGGUGCAGGAGAAGGCACAUGUGAUCAAAAUGGCCCGUGAGCGGGUGUCCAACGGCCUGGCCAAGCUGUUCUCUACCAACGACCUGGUGGACAACAUGAAGAAAGAGCUGGUGGCCCUGGAGCCAGAGCUCAAGCAGAAGUCUGCAGACACCGCCAGUCUCAUGGAGAGGCUCAAGAUCGACCAGGAGAAGGCAGACACGGUCCAGAAAAAUGUGGCCAUCGACGAGGCCAAGGCCAAAAAGACAGCAGAGGAGACACAGGCCAUAGCAGACGACGCGCAGAGAGAUUUGAACGAGGCACUUCCGGCUCUUGAAGCUGCUGUCAAGGCUCUCGACGCCCUGGACAAGAACGACAUCUCUGAGAUCAGGGUCUUCACCAAACCCCCAGAGCUGGUCCAGACGGUUCUAGAAGCUGUGGCCAUCUUGCUGGGCAACAAAACAGACUGGGCAAGCUGUAAAGCCAUGCUGGGAGACAGCAAUUUUCUCAAGAGGUUGGCCGAGUACGACAAGGACAAGAUCCCUGCGGCCAAGCUGGCCAAGGUCAGAAAGUACACGGCCAUGCCCAACUUUGUGCCGGAUGUCGUCGCUAAAGUCUCCAAGGCAUGCAAGUCGUUGGUCAUGUGGGUUAGGGCCAUGGACAUCUACUCUGUAGUUGCCAAACAGGUGGAGCCGAAGAAGCAAGCUCUGGCCGAAGCCCAGGAGGUCCUCAAUGAAGUGAUGCGUGUGUUGAAGGCCAAACAAGACCAGCUGGCCGAGGUGGAGAAGCAAAUCAAAGGCCUACAGGCUAUCUUCGACAAGAGCCUGGCCGAGAAGAAAGGCCUGGAGCGUAGCAUGGCCGUCACGGCCGCCAGGCUCAAACGCUCGUCUAAACUGACCACAGCUUUAGCUGACGAACAGGUCCGGUGGGAGGAGAGUGUGGCUAGCUACAACGAACAGCUGAACAACGUGGUGGGGGACGUCUUCCUGGCAGCCGCCUGUGUGGCCUACUACGGUGCCUUCACCUCCACAUACAGGCAUGACCUGGUUGAAGAGUGGACCAACCGACUGGCUACCCUGCACAUCCCGGUCACCAAGAACAUGACGCUGGUGUCAGUGCUGGCUGACGCCAUAGAGAUCCGACAGUGGAACGCGGACGGGCUGCCCAAAGACCAGGUGUCCAUCGAGAACGCCAUUCUCGUCACCAGAGGCCGGCGCUGGCCGCUGAUGAUUGACCCACAGGAGCAGGCCAACCGCUGGAUCCGGAACAAAGAGGCGAGCAACAAGCUGAAGAUCGUCAAGAUGACGGACAACAACUUCCUGCGGACGCUAGAGGCCUGUAUCCGUACGGGGAUUCCCAUCCUGCUGGAGGAUGUUGGCGAGGUGCUGGAUCCAGCCCUGGAGCCGGUCUUGUUGAAGCAGACCUUUAUCCAGGGCGGUCGUCUGCUCAUCCGGCUAGGUGACAGCGACAUCGAUUACGACAAGAACUUUCGGUUUUACCUGACGACGAAACUGUCCAACCCCCAUUACCUGCCCGAGGUGUGCAUCAAGGUGACCAUCAUCAACUUCACAGUCACCAAGAAAGGGCUGGAGGACCAACUGCUCAGUGACGUGGUAAGCCUGGAGAGGCCUGACCUGGAGGAACAGAGGAACGAGCUGAUCCUGAGGAUAAACGCGGACAAGAACCAGCUGCUGGCCAUUGAAGACAAGAUCCUCAAGCUUUUGUUUGAGUCUGAGGGCAACAUCCUGGACAAUGAGGAGCUCAUCAACACUCUCAACGACUCCAAGGUCACUUCCGCUGUGAUCAAACAACGAUUGGCUGAAUCCGAAACGACGGAGGAGAAAAUUAGCGUGGCUCGAGAAAAGUAUCGCUGUGUGGCUGAGCGGGGAUCGGUCAUGUACUUCGUGGUUUCUGACAUGGGAGAGGUGGACCCCAUGUAUCAGUUCUCUCUCAAGUACUUCAAACAGUUGUUCAACAACACUAUAUCAACCAGCGAAAAAUCUGAAGAAUUGAGCGAGCGACUGAUCAUUUGUCUAAACGAAACGACGAUGUGUAUUUACAAAAAUGUUGCCAGAGGACUGUUUGAGAAACACAAGCUGGUCUUUUCCUUCCUGCUCUGCUCGGAGAUCAUGAAGACAGAGGGGAUGAUAACUCCACUCGAGUGGAACUUUUUCCUCAGGGGCCCGCUUGGUGGACUCGAUAAGCAACAAACGCCCAAGCCUGACCGCACGGACUGGCUGCCGCUGACCACAUGGAAGAUGGCGUGUGAGCUGAGUGAAGCCUUCGAGUGCUUUAAGGGCAUCCACACAGAUCUGGUGCUCACUCCCGUCUGGAUCAAGAUGGGGGAAACGAUUGAGGUGGCAGCAAACCCACCAGGUAACAAGUUCCACUAUAGUGUGUAUGAACCCCCACCUUACAAAGAGGGAGACAAGUCCACUACAUCACAAGCUAACGGCCACUGGGACGAGCGGUUGACAAACUUUCAGAAACUCAUGUUCGUGAGGGUCUUCAGGGAAGAGAUGACCACGCUAGCCAUCACAGAGUUCGUGGCACAAAGUCUGGGUAAAGAAUUCGUUGAGAGCCCGCCCGUCGCCUUGCCGGAACUGUACGAGAACAUGUCCAAGGUGACGCCCCUGGUGUUUGUACUGUCCUCAGGCUCUGACCCCAUGGGCGCUUUCUUGAGGUUCGCUAAGGAGAUGGAUGUACAGGACAUUGUCAAGUCGAUUUCUCUGGGUCAAGGUCAAGGUCCAGUGGCUGAUAAAAUGAUCAAAUCAGCCACGAAGAAUGGAGAGUGGGUGUUUUUACAGAACUGCCACCUGGCGGCCUCAUGGAUGCUCUCAAUGGAGAACAUCAUCAAGAACAUACAAGAAUUCCCGUCGCCGAUCCACCAAAAUUUCCGGCUCUUCCUGUCGUCCAUGCCGGCCAAGCACUUCCCGGUCAGUGUCCUUCAGAACAGUGUCAAGGUCACCAACGAGCCGCCUAAAGGCAUCAGGGCCAACCUGCGCAGGGCCUUCGCUGAUAUGACCAUCAAAUUCUUUGACGAUCACCCUCUGGGACAGGACUGGCGAAAAAUUAUCUUUGGCAUCUGUUUCUUCCACGCGGUCAUUCUAGAGAGGAAAAAGUUCGGCCCUUUGGGGUGGAAUAUUACGUACGCUUUCAGCGACAGCGACAGAGAAUGUGCCUUGCUAAAUAUGGAAAUGUUUUGUAAAGACGGUUACAUCCCUUGGGACACUCUCAUUUAUAUAACAGGGGAGAUAACGUAUGGAGGGCGAGUCACUGACGCACAGGACCAGCGCUGUCUCCGCACCAUCCUCAAACUGUUUUUUAAACCCGACACGCUCAAGCCCAAAUACAAGUACUCAGAGUCAGGAAUAUACUAUCCACCCAUGAACAAGACUUUGGCUUCACUAAAAACCUAUGUUGAAUCUCUCCCCAUUAUUGAUGAGCCUGAAAUUUUUGGCCUUCAUGAAAAUGCAAACAUCGCUUUCCAGAUGAAUGAAACUCAUGCAUUAAUUGGCACAAUUUUAGAAGUCCAGCCACGCGUGUCAGGCGACGACACAGGGAUGUCAAAUGACGACAUCGCAUUCGAUCUGGCUGAAAACAUUCUGGAGAGGUUGAUGGAUAAACUGGAUAUUGAUGAAGCUGAUCCUCAAAUGUUUGUCACUGAUGUCAAAGGUCGUCUAAAUUCAUUAACUGUUGUGUUGUCACAAGAAACAGACAGAUUCAACAGACUUCUCUUAGUUAUAAAGAACUCACUUCAUCAGUUAAAGAAAGCAAUCAAAGGGUUUGUAGUAAUGAGUGAGGAGCUAGAAACUGUUUACAAUUCGUUUCUAAACAAUCAGGUUCCAUCUGUGUGGGCCAGAGCAGCUUAUCCUUCACUCAAAAGUCUGGGAUCCUGGGUCAAGGACUUAAUACUGCGAUGUCACUUUAUUUACAACUGGAUCAAAUUAGGACAACCUAAAUCUUUUUGGUUGUCUGGAUUUUUUUUCCCUCAAGGUUUUUUGACGGGAACACUACAAAACUUUGCCAGGAAAUACAACUACCCAAUUGAUCAUCUGAGUUUUAAAUUUAUUGUAAUGCCAAUCGCGCGUGACCAGGAGGAAGUCACAGCCCAGAUGGCGCAGAAAGGUCCGGAAGAAACAAUUCCUCUGGAUAAUGAUUUGCCAAACAUUGAUGACGGUGUUCUCGUCCAUGGACUGUACAUGGAUGGCUUUGCAUGGCAUUGGGAAAACAUGACAGUGGGAGAUCAGAUUAAGGGACAGAUGAAUUCCCCCCUCCCAGUAAUGCACAUGGAUCCAAGAAUGGAUUACGAACCAGAUUCAGCCCUCUAUGCAGCUCCAUUGUACAAGACUUCUGCUAGAGCAGGCACUCUGUCCACUACAGGGCACUCAACAAAUUAUGUUGUUGCUGUUUAUCUCCCAUCACACAACACACAGGACUACUGGAUUGCUAAAGGAGCGGCUCUCUUGUGUCAAAUUAGUGACUAAGUCUGUGGAGUUCUUUGAUUGCUAAUUGCUUAAUUAAAAUGUUUUUUAUGUUUAUAAAUAAAGUAAUGAAUGCUUAGUUUAGGUGAACUAUACAGAGGUCUCACAUGAGCAGUUAAGUGUGGCCUACUGUACUUAUCAUUGUUUGCUAAAUAUCCGUCAUGUUUUGGUGCAAUAUUUAUACAAGGUGCUUUUAUUUCAUUAAAUAAU